AAGAUAGCUUGCAACAUCUUAAACACGCAUUAUGGGGGCAGAGAUUUUAGAAACAAACCUGCUGCACCCGCCCUCCCGGCCACCAUCGGCAGUCUCGACCGUAUUGUCCAUUCUUGAUGCUACCGUCGUUCGAUUCGCUCCUACAGGAGCCAUCUGGAUCUUCGACCAUGAUGAACCAGCAGAUAUAGUUGGACACCUCAAAGCCUCCUUCAUCAAGACACUCGAAGCUUUCCCACACUGGGCGGGCCAGCUUCAAUGGGCGCCAUUCCGCGAGAACGGCUCCCACGGAGAGCGUUUCCAUCGGCCGAUGAUUACCUACGGCCUAGAUUCAGAUCCUGGUGUGGAAUGGAACGUUGUUCAACUGGAUUCUUCCCCGGCAUCAGUGGCCCCAGAACCCGCCAUACGUGCUUCCAAUGAAUUGUGGAUAGCGAGCUUUCCUCAAUCAGAUCUCAUGAUGUCGUCAACAAGCCUAGCUCUAUAUGAUCUCGAGACAUUCCAAGGCCUGCCGAGUAUGAUUGUGCAGGUCACUCUUCUGGGCACCGGUGGCUUCGCUGUGGCUGUUAAGAUGGCCCAUCCGUUAGGCGAUGCCCAUUCUCUCGUGCUUUUCAUGCGUCGAUGGGCGUCCAUCUGCCGCGAUGAGUUUACGAAGCAAGACCUUACCAAAGAUCUGGAGUAUCCUAUCUUUGAGCCCAGCUGGCUAGAUUCUAGAGCCGCCGGUGACAUCGAUGCUCAUGAUGGUGAUCCAGAACUGGUCUCAACGGCUCGCUCUCUCCCUCUGCUUCGGCAUGACUGGUGGGAUACGACUGCCGGACAUCCAGCAACAUUAAGCCAGUCAACGAUAAACUCCAAGCCAAAAGAUGCUGUGCUGUUACAAAAGGCCCUGAUAUCGCCUGCGUAUCCACCUCCGUGGGAGAGCUGGCAUAUUUCUAAUUCCGUUACAACCAGUAUCAUUCACUUUACAGGAGACGAGAUGGAGCGACUGAAAAAGUCAGCUACUGGGACCACGGCCAGGGUCUCACGCCUCGAUGCUUUGCUGGCUCAUGUCUGGACAGGCAUCAAUCGGGCUCGCUUACCAUUACUGGGGAAUGACGAUGAAGUCUUCUUGGACUUUACUCUAGGAGUCCGCGCUCGAGUUUCGCCGCGCCUCCCAGACACCUUUGUCGGUUCACCUUUGGUGCUGACACAUAUCAGCACUCCUGUUUGCAACGUCGCAGCUUCAGACACCAAGAUUGAAUCUAUAGCCUCACAGAUCCGCACAUGCCUUGAUCGGUUCACACCUGAGGCUGUAGCGGCUAUACUUCAUGACGAAGCCCAUGAAGUCGCGCCUCAGCGUCUUUGGAGAGCAUUUCUCGGUAGGAAGCACACUCUUGUCACUUCGUGGACCCGACUUGGGGUUUAUGAUAUUGACUUUGUGGGAAGAGGCUUGCGUCCACGCUAUGUGCAUGCCAUCAUGGUCGCUAUGGAUGGUCUAUUGUGUGCGAUGGAUAGCGGGCUGCUCGAUGGAGGCGUGGACAUCUCGUUAUGCCUAGAGUCAGAAACAUUGGAGAGGUUGCUGAAAGAUGGCAAGUUGCGAGAAUUUUAGACUGCAUUGGAAUAUCUGGAGCGAGCCGUCAAGUACCCAACAGUGAAAUUGGAUCAUGUUUACCCAUACUAUCAUAUGGAGCAUUUUCUAUUAUUUUCUUCAUGGUAGCUAAG